AUGCGACAAACAUAUUCCGACCAAAAAAAUACUUAUAUACAAUCAAAUUAUUCCAAAUCAUACGGACGUCAUCUUCAACGUUCCAAUAGCGCUGAACCAUAUCGAUUACAACAAACAUCAUCAUUAUCAUCACUAUCAUAUCCGCGGAAAAUUUUCACAAUGAAUUCUUAUCGUCAGCAAUAUUCAGGAUUAUCAUCCAGUUAUCAUCAAGAUAUAUCAUUUCCAAAAAAUAUUACGACAUCAUCGAAUAGGUAUGGAAGCAUUGAUCGUUUAGCAUCAUUAUCAAAUCAACGAAAAUCAUCAUAUAAUGCUAAUUUUCCAUCCAAUACAUUUACUACAAAACGUAGUAUAAGUUCAGGAACAAAACUAAAUGAUAUUGGUGCAACAUUAUUGCGACGUUAUGAUAAUGAUCAUCCUAUUUCUGCAUAUGAACGACGAACAUCAUAUGCGUCAAGUCAUUAUUCUACAUCCGGUUAUGUAUCAUCAUACGGAACAUUACCACGUUAUAAUCGUUCACAAACUCCAAGCUAUAUUAAUCGAGAACGAAAUUAUGCAACAAAUCGAGAGUACAAAUCUAUGUCACGUUUCUCAACCGAUAGAGAACGUUCCGUAUCAGAUGAUAACGUUAAGCAACGAUUGGAUAGGCUUUACAAUCGAUAUGCAAGAGAUCAGGAUAUAUCAAAUAAUCAUUCUUCAACAAAUGAUAUUAAAUUUCCAGAAGAGGAUGAAGAAGAAGGAGAAGGCGAAGAAGAGCUUUCACAUGAUGAAAAUGAAUUGAAAGAUGUUUUACGCGAUAUUGCUAAACUUAAUGAGCACGAUAUGAUAGAG